AUGGCGCCUGUAGCAACAGACGCCAAGAGCGGGCCUUCCCCAACCGAAGUCUCUUCCGCAAGCGGGACCGAAGCUCUACCAGACCUGGCUCAGCUGGUCAGUCGCGCAUCUAAAAGAAGCAGAUUGCUUUUCGCAGGCGGCGAUGCAUCCUCCUCGUCUCCCUUGCCGGACUUUGCCACUGGAAGUGGGUCGGGCCUGGAAGCAGCCGAAAGGGCCAGGUCGAGCGUGAUGGAGGAGACUUUCAAAGAUGCCAAGCAUCUUCCGGCCGCAUUGCUAGAACAACAAGGUGCAGUGGGACCUUCCAGACCGGGAGGCGAAAACAAGCGUGGCAGAGAAGAAGCGCCAUCUACAAGCAGCGGUCCAGCAGCUUCCGCAGGAGUCGUUGCGCUUAGAAGAUCAGAGGGAUUUGCGUCUGCUUCGGGAGGAGGGAGCUCGCUGAACACCGCAUUAAUUCGCAAAAAAGAAGCGGAAGAGAGGAAGUUGAAACCGCAACUGCACGCUCAGUGGAAAUUGUCAAGGGUCAUCUCGGGACAUUUGGGUUGGGUCAGGUGCGCUGCGGUAGAACCGGGAAACAAGUGGUUUGUCACGGGUGCUGGAGACCGCAUGAUCAAGGUGAGCUUCGAAUGCGACGCGUUCGUGGAGGCACGGCUUAACACGCAGCGCGUCUAUGCCAUCUUUUCUGCUUGCCGCAGGUGUGGGAUUUGGCCUCUGGAGAGCUCAAAGUCUCCUUGACGGGUCACAUUUCUACUGUACGAGGACUCGCGAUCUCUUCGCGGCAUCCAUACAUGUUCUCAGCGGGAGAGGACAAGGUAGUGAAGUGCUGGGAUCUGGAGACAAACAAGGUCAUCAGGCAGUACACCGGACACCUUUCGGGCAUUUACUCUCUCUCGUAAGUGCAGCUUGCCCACCUCGCUGGUCUCUGUUUCGGCUUCAACUGACCUCAUCACGUAUUCGUCGAUAGUCUUCACCCAACCAUCGACGUACUUGUCUCAGCUGGCAGAGACGCAGUGGCUCGGGUCUGGGACAUGCGAACGAAAGCGCAGAUCCACGUCCUGGGUGGCCACAGAGGAACGAUUGCCAAUGUCCAGUGUCAAGACUCGGAUCCGCAGGUUGUGACAGGCAGCAUGGACGCCACUAUCAAGUUGUGGGACUUGGCGGCCGGAAAGUCGAUGACUACCUUGACUCAUCACAAGAAGAGCGUCAGAGCUCUGGCUAUGCAUCCAACAGAGUGUGAGUCGCCCAACCUACCGUACCGCAUGAAAGUGUAGAGUCGCAAAGCUAACGAGACCCUUUUGGCAUGCGUCGCCCAGUUUCCUUCGCCUCUGGCUCUGCAGGUGGCCGCAAUGUGAAGACAUGGAAAUUUCCAGAAGGCACGCUGAUCAAUAACGCUACGACGGAUAAUAUCGUCAACACUUUAUCGGUCAAUGCGGAUGGUGUUCUAUUUGCUGGCUCAGACAAUGGAGCCCUGCGCGUGAGUCGCUGACACUCGCUUCAUAUUUUCUUGAGAAGGCUCCGCUGCAGCUGCAUCAUUUCGCUGACCUCGCAUUCUAUGCAUGGACAGUUCUUUGACUAUGCCACGGGUACACCAUUUCAGACAACAGAGGACGUCCCUCAACCCGGCUCAUUGGACGCAGAAGCUGGUGUGUUUUGCUCCACCUUUGAUCAGACUGGCACGAGGCUUAUCACUGGCGGUGCAGACAAGAGUGAGUGCGCGGCGCGUUGUCGCAAAGGUUGAAGGUCGAAGUUGCGAGAGGUUGAUGUCAUGCUCAUCAUGCAAAGUGGGGAAUGAGCUGACGAUGCCCGCUGCAACCUCACCUCUGCUCCUCGCAUAGCUAUCAAGGUGUACAAAGAGGCGUAA